UCUCCUACACUCGAGUGGUCUCCUCGAACUUGUUACAAAACAUGGCGGCCAAUUUGCGAAGGUUGUGCGGUGUUUCUCGGCUCCUACGGACGAAUUCCCAGUCAUGGUUACUCAACACGAGAGUGCCACCACCAGUUUCCAUGGUCCGACCUUACACCUCGGGGAAAGACUCUGAACCUCCCUCAGACCCCCCUAUGGACAGACUGGACAUAGUCAUGUCCAUGGAACCUGCCAUACCAACAUAUUCACCCAAGGAGAACGAACCAUUUGAAACUAGGAGGGCCAGGUUGUUAUAUCAGAGUAGGAAGAGGGGCAUGUUGGAAAAUGGACUCUUGUUCAGCACAUUUGCAGACCGCUACCUCAACAAACUUGAUGAACAACAGCUGAAACUUUAUGAUCGUCUGAUAAAUGAGCCAAGUAAUGACUGGGAGAUCUACUACUGGGUCACAGGUGUGAAGCCCACCCCUGAGGAGUACAACCAUGAGGUAAUGGACAUGCUGAAACAACACGCCCAGAACAAGGACAUGGAGCAGAGAUUCAGGCAGCCUGACCUCAAAGAACCAUGACAGACUCACACUGGGUCUGUUUGGCAGUCAGAACUGUAGCUGCUCUUAAAUGUCACUUCUCACCAACUCCCAACUACAGGAGAACAGUUAUUUGGGAAGUAUUUUUAGUACAACAAGCAGUAUAACGAAAGAAAAGUAUGGCAAUCUUCAAAAACUGCCUGAAGAUGUCUACAGUCCUUAUUUCUGUCUAGACAUUUCUGUCAUCUCUGUAAUGUCAACAAAUUGCUACAGUCAGACAGGGAGUAUGGAUGGCAAGAAGUAAUGUUCUGAUGAUGUUUGUACAUUGUAUAUUGUUCCAGACUGUUUCAAUAAAGAAUUGAUUGAAUAAACAGAGUAAGAUAAGA